AUGCAUGCAAGAGAAGAUCAACAUAGGACCAAGUUAACCAAAAGAUUCACAUCUAGGCUUUCUUUCCCUCAGACCAAAUACACUGGCUUCACCCAGAUCCACAACCCAAACAGACAAUGGCCUAACAAGGUCAUCACAAAAGCUCCUGUUUGGUUGUCAACAGACCUUCGGGAUGGGAACCAGUCCUUGACCAACCCACUUACUUUAGAUCAGAAGUGGGAGUUCUUCAAGAUGCUAGUCCAGAUAGGCUACAAGGAGAUCGAGGUCAGUUUCCCAGCCGCCUCCAACGUCGAGUUCGACUUCACAAGGCGGCUGGUCGAGACCCCAGGUGCGGUACCUGACGACGUGCGUCUGCGCGCUCUCGCACCCACCCGUGAGGACUUUCUCGAGCGGACCGUCGCCGCUCUGGAGGGCGCCAAGAGAGCCACCGUGUGCACCUACAUCUGCGUCAGCGACAAGAUGCUCAAGUACCAGGGCUUCUCUCGCCAAAAGGCCAUCGACCAGGCCGUAGGGGCCGUCCGCUACCUCAGGUCCAUCACCAAGGAUAACCCCAACACGAAGACGAAGUGGACUAUGGCGUUUGGGCUUGAGUCGUACAACGAGGCGGACCCUGACUAUGUCCUCGAAAUCACAGAGGCGGUCGAGCGGGCCUGGGAGGCGAGCGCCGAGGAGCCCAUGACGGUAGUGGUGGCCACCAGCACCGAGGUGGCGACGCCAAACGUCUUUGCCGAUCAGGUUGAGACCUUCCUUGCCGGACUGUCCCAGCCCGAGAAGAUUCAACUCUCCAUCCACACCCACAACGACCGCGGCUGUGCCGUGGCCUCGGCCGAGCUGGGCAUGAUGGCUGGAGCCCAGAUGGUAGAGGGCUGCCUGUUUGGCAACGGCGAGCGGGCCGGUAACGUCGACCUUGUCACGCUGGCACUCAACCUCUACACCCGGGGUAUCAGCCCGAACCUGGACUUCUCCAACAUCCACGCCAUCAAGGAAAAAUACGAGCAGCUCACGGGGCUGGACGUGGGUCCUCGCGUCCCCUACGCCGGCGAGUACGUCCUGCAGGCUUUCAGCGGCCACCACCAAAACAUCAUCCGCAAGGGCAUGGGCCUCCGCCUCAAGGCCGAGGCCGAGAACCAGCCGGUACCCAUGUGGGACAUCCCUUACCUCCCGGUCGACCCCAAGGACUUGGGCGUCCCGCUGGAUCACAUCAUCCGCGUCAACUCGCAAAGCGGCAAGGCGGCCGCCACUUGGAUCCUGAGCCGCCGCUGGGGGUUGGAGCUCCCCACGGACAUGCAGGUGCACUUUGGUCGCCGGUUGAUGGUGCUGUGCGAGGCUCUCGGCCGCGAGAUCUCGCAGGACGAGUUGCUUGACCUCUUCACCUCCACCUACGCCCUGGGCACGAACCGCGGGAAUGACCUUGGUAACCUGACGGUCCUGCGCAGCAGCAGCGGGCGAGGCUAUGUGGUCAACGGCGUCAUCAGCCCCAUCGACGGCGUCAAGCUCGUGGUUGAGGGAGUAGGGAAGGACCUUGCCGCGGCGGCCCUGCAGAGCUUGAACAUUGAUACCGAAGGCAAGGCCGUUGCCGUCAAGAUCCAGGACACGCAGCAGCUCAACAACGAGUUUGGAAGGGGAAGGUAUUGUGCCCUGGCGACGUGUGAGGUCGGCAGCGAAGUUCAAUGGGGUUAUUUCAUCGACGAGAACCAGGAGAAGGCCGAGGCUUUGGCCGUGAUUGCAGCAGCUUUGCGCAUGUACUGCAUGCAAACCGGACCUCUGGACCUAAGCAAGAUAAGCCCUGCUGUUCAACACACCGCCAAGCUUUCGGCUCCUGCAGGCAACAAUUUGAUGGUGACAGCUUAA